AUGGCUUUCCCUUUAUCUUCUUCUUCUUUUAUCAUUUCGCACAAGAAGCUCUCCUUCAAUGUCUCCAUCUCUCAGAAAUCGAUACAAAAACACCAUUUCCUCUCUGCUCAUUUUGCAUUUCGACUCAGUGGAGCCCGUAGCCAAGCCAUAGCAAGACCUACAGUCUCUGCCUGCAACUCCACGACAAGUUUUUCUAAGGAACUGGCAUAUGGGCACGAUUUUCCUUCUAAUUUGUACACGUCGUCUUUUGGAAACGGAAUGAAGAAACUGAAGAGUCUUAUUGCAGUGAUACUUAUUUUUGUUCAAAUUUCUGCACCACUACCUUUGAGUGGUUGGGACUUUUGGUGUGUUUCUCCAGCAAAAGCAGUGCUUUAUUCUCCAGACACCAAGGUUCCCAAAACUGGGGAGCUUGCGUUAAGAAGAGCUAUCCCAGCAAACACAAACAUGAAGUCCAUACAGAAUUCUCUGGAGGACAUUUCAUACUUGCUAAGAAUUCCACAAAGAAAGCCUUAUGGAACCAUGGAGAGCAAUGUGAAGAAAGCACUUACGAUAGCAAAGGAUGAAAAGGAUUCUAUCCUGGCAAGUCUACCAGCUGACUUGAAGGAAAAGGGGUCUACACUGUAUGCAUCUCUAAUAGAUGGGAAGGGCGGUUUGCAAGCACUCCUCCAAUGUAUUAAGGAUCAGGACCCGGAUAGAGUGUCUGUUGGCCUUGCUUCUUCACUGGAUACAGUUGCAGAGCUGGAGUUGCUGCAGGCUCCUGGGCUGUCAUUUUUGUUGCCUCAGCAGUACUUGAAAUAUCCAAGGUGA